AUGGUUUAUUUCCGACUUGGUAAAUGUACUAUUUGCCAUACUCGUUUGAGUCCUGGCAAUAUUUAUACUUUGAAAAAUUGUAAUCACACAUACCAUAAAAAUUGUAUUACUCGUUGGAUUGAAGGAGGGUCAGAAACCUGUCCCCGUUGCCGAACUCAUGCUACUUUGGAUGAUAUUAAGCAACUUUUUAUUGAAGAAGCGGGUGAUGAUUCGCAGGAAUCCGAUGAUGAUGAGUUUACUGAAAGUACGAGUAAUGUGGUUAUACGAACUCCGACUUUACUGAACGCAAAAAUACAAGUACUUGUCAGAGACUUGAAUAACAGUAAAUUUACUUUGGAAAUGCAACCGAACAAUACUAUUUUGGAUAUGAAGAACAAAGUUUAUGAGCGUAAAGGUCAAACAGUUGAAGAACAGCGUUUGAUUUAUUCCGGUCAACUACUCAAAGACAAUUAUAAACUCAGCCAUUACAAAAUUGGAAAUAAUUGUAUUGUUGAUUUGGUUAUGCGCCAAAACGGGGGCGAAAUGUAUUAA